AUGGCCCCAACAGCCCCCACAAAGCGCAAGACCCUCCGCGCAAAAGCAACAGAGCGCCUCGCCAACCCCCUCGCCCCGCGCAAGGUGCACCGGCCCUCGGCACAGGUCUCGGACAGCUUCAUCGAGUCGAAGCGCGACAAGCGGCUGAUCAAGCACUCGUCCUUCGUGUCCCGCAUCUCCAAGCCCGCCGCCAAGACGCCCACCCAGCGCAAGAACCUCAAGCGCCGCGAGAAGCACCGCCAGGCCCAGGCCGCCACCAGCCUCGCCGCCCUGUCCGACGCCCUGCCGACCCUGACGCGCGACGAGGUCGAGGCUGGUGAGACCGAGGCCGCGGGGCGGAUCCGGCACAAGUCGCUGAAGAGCACGCCUGGUGCCCUGCGCAAGAAGGAGCGUCUUGUGCGUGGCGAGAUGGAGCGCUUCGGUAUGAGUCUUGCGCAGCUCAGCACGGUCAAGGAGCAGCCUGUGGCGCAGCAGCAGGUGGAGAUGGAUGUUGAGCAGAAGGACGGCGAGGAGGAGAACCGUGCGCCUUUGCAGAGCACCGCGAACCGGUUCGCUGCUCUGAGGGGAUUUAUCUCUGCUACGAUGGAGCAGAACCCGGCUUUCUCGCGACAAAAUGGUCUUGCUGGAAAAGCAACUUGA